AUGACUUGUGAUGCCACGAGGCCAUGCAAAAGAUGUAUACAACGAGGUCUACAGACAUCUUGUGAAGAUGCACCAAGGAAACGGAAGAAGUAUUUGGCCGAUGUUCCAAAUAAUGCAUUGCAUAAUCCUAGACUUAUACAAAGUUCAUCUUCGAUGAUGUCUUUGACAGGAAUGAAUUCACAAGAUCUGAGUACUUAUGCUUCGCCCUUUGCUAUCCCAAUGAAUCAAAGACUGACAGAAGCAUCAACGAUUAAUACAGGAUCAAUACCUUUCCAAGCAACUAUAUUCCAACAGAGUGCAUCGUUACCUGUUAAUUACCUGAAUAAUGAAUAUUAUUCCGUUGGAGAGCCGUCUGUUUCGAACUCGAAUACUCAAUCAACUUUGCCAGAAGUAGACGGAGAUGCUGCCAAUAACAUGUCCAAGGUGAAAAUGGAAGAAGAUUCGGAUCCUUUUCAAAAUAUUGACGAAGCGCAAAAUACUAAUAUGGCCUUUGCACCUCGUGAUAACUCAACUAUAAGCAAUAAUAGCAUUGGGUCUCAAAAGGAAAUCCCUUCUAAUAAUAAGGUGAAUGGUUUAGGUAUACCAGAUACUUAUUCACGAAAUCGAAGGACAAACUUUCUAUCAUCAGCUGCUGAUUUAGAAUAUUCUACAUUAUCAAACAUUCUUCAAGAUAAUUUUAUGCAUCAUCAAUCGACCUCUACGGAAGGAACCCCUAAUUCAGGCUCCAACAUUUCACCAGUUGUUUCACCUAAUGUUAAUAAUUCUCAUUCAAUUGCAACCAUGACAAAAUUACCGCCUUUAAACCCACAAGCUGGCUUAUCAGGUGGUGCACAUCUCAAUGAUGGUCGAAACAACCAAAGAUCAUUAAAUAAUUAUCCAACAACCAGUAAUGCUUCACCAUCGGAUUUAAGUAUGCUCAGGAAAAGUUUGUACGAAAAUGAGCAUCAUCCCAAAUGUGAUGAUAAUAUAAAUCAAUAUUUUUUGGGUGCUACAACUGUUGAAAACCAAAUACAAACCUUUCCUGAUGCUAUUUCUGCAAUAGAUAAGUUAAAGGAAACGGAUGCCGCAGUAUUCCAGGAACGGAAUUCUAAGCUGGCUCUCUCGUUUGUGAUAGGGGUUCCUCCUGAUGAAAACCAAGAAAUUAAUACUAUCUACAAGGAACCUGAAGAAAUCUAUGCUCGGGUGGUUAAACCAUUUUCAUAUACACCAGGUUAUCAUUCAUUAAUUGCAUAUUUACGCAAAAGAUUUCCUAGAGAAAUGUUAGUUAAAAUGGCGGAAUCAAUGGCAAUUUAUAGACCGUCAUUUAUUGCUUGCACCAAUUCCUUAAAAGAACAUGAUUUAAUAUUUAUGGAACAAUGUUUUCAACGAACACUUUUAACAUAUGACAACUUUAUUCGUGUUAGUGGAACCCCAACAAUAGUUUGGAGAAGAACCGGGGAAAUAGCAUAUGUGGGGAAUGAAUUUUGCGUUCUCACAGGUUGGAAAGCAGAUGAUUUACUACGAAAUAAGUUUAUUGUCGAACUUUUAGAUGAUAAAUCGGUGGUGGAAUAUUUUGAACUCUUUUCUCAUAUAGCUUUUGGAGACUUUUUGGGAGCUACAAUGACUGAAUGCACUUUAUUGACGCCCAAUCCAGAUAUCAAAAUACGAACAGGUUGUAUGUGGACAUUGAAAAGAGAUGUGUUUGGAAUUCCAAUGAUGAUAAUUGGUAACUUCCUUCCCAUUGUAUAA